AGGAAAAAGGAACAAAAAAUUGAUAAAAAGGGUGGCAGUUGUUUCGGUUAAAAGGAGGGAACAGUUUUUAAUUUCAAACAAUGAAACAUUGUGAUCUUCUAUCUCUUCGUUCCCAUAUCUCUGAAAGCUGGUCCACUUGAUAAUGCAUGAAGACAGCACAGGAAUCAUUAAAUCACAACCCCAAGCCUGACAAACUCCAUCCAGACAAGCAAAACAGUACUGGGCUUACAUUGAUGCAGCAAGGUGGAGAUCAUGAUCAUAAAAGAGAGAUGGUGGUGAUGCAAUUCCAUGGUGAUGGAAGGGAUUUCUCUUUGCUAACGCCGGAAGCAGUCAGAUUCUCUGGUGGACUGUAUGAUAAGCCUCUUUCAUGCUUUGGUUGUGGCAUUGGAUGGUUCUCGUUUCUCUUGGGAUUUGCGUUUCCACCACUUUGGUAUUAUGCUACAGUGCUUUACUUUGGGAAUUACUAUCAUAAAGAUCCAAGAGAGAGACCUGGACUUGCGGCCUCUGCUAUUGCAGCUUUAAUUUGCUCUGUCAUUCUCUUGGUUUCUCUGCUUGUUGUUUUCUGUUAGCACAUGGUAAGAAAUUUUUCCCCGGAAAAUGUAUAACGUUCAGCCACAAUUGUAGAGUCCCUAUCAAAGAAUAAAUUGGGAGCAGAGCUGUUGUUUAGUGUAA